GUUAGGUUUGGGCCAGGCAACCCUCACUGCGUCGUGAUUUUAUUUCGGAUGUAUACUGUUUUGUUUCAGUGUGUGAAAGUUUAGGGCUACGAAUUAUCACAGUGGAGUCUCAAACGAUAUGCCGAUGUGAUCGUGGAUUUCAGCUGCAUUAGAUAAGAUAAGGUUUUAUGAUAGUGGUGCAUGAGUUAGUCCAAGAUGAGUGAUGUUUAUAUGUCAGUACAUCGUCUCCUACACAAUGGCGUGUUCGUGGUGUUCACAGCAGCCCUUGUUGCAGCGGGUACCGAGAUAACUCACCAUGAGGUGCGUAAUGGCGUGAGCAAGUACAUUUUUCAAAAUGGAACACGUCGUAAUUGCAUGCCGAUCUUACCACCUGAAUACUGUGCUGAAGACAACCAGAUAGAGCCUUGUUUCCAUGACAACGACAAAGAUCGUUGUGUGCCUUGUAGAAAAGGGGAGGAACAAUUAGACAGAACACACUCCGACUUCCGGUCUGCAUGUUAUAUCAUCCACUGCCCAGAGGGUACCAUCCCGGCCAAGCGGAACCCAGUAUCAGGCUGCAACUGGCCAUGUAGGUGUGAGAGUGAGAGGAUGGUGAUGAACGAACUCUGCAGCUGCCAGGAUGUCAAGGUCCAGUGUGGAAAGAACACCUACCUCAAAGAUGGUGUCUGUUUACCAUGUCCGGCAGGGACCUACAAACCUGGGCAUGGCACUGGCCCCUGUAUCAGCAAGAUGUCUCCCUCCACCCAACCCCCAAUGCACCAUCCCACAACAUCGCCAGCAUCUCAAAUAAAUACUACACUUGGUGCAAAAGGGAAUCUGACAAGGAAAGUCACAGGAACAAAUAUGACUGAUGGUGGCAUUGAGGCAGAAGAGAAGCCUCCAAAAAAUGGAUCGUCUAUCAACCAAAAUAUACUGGCUAUAUGCAUAUCUACAUUAGUUAUAAUUGUCUUGGCAUUAUUAGCUGCAGUCAUAUACAUGUACAAGCUUCGGAAAAGGAAAUUGUCUUGUCAAAAUACAGCUCAACCAAGCGACAGCAAUGAAUCUCUUAUGCAGGAUCAAGCACCUGGAAAUGGGGGUGAUGCGCACAACGAUGAUAAUCCACCUCCGUAUUCUUCACUAGAUGCAACUUCCCCAAUCCGGGUCACUAUGGAGGACGAAGAAGGACAGGGCAUGGCCCGACCUUUUACAGGGGACUUUUCCACAGACCAGGCCAGUGGUGGCAACAAGGCCAGCAGCGUCUCUCCACCGGAACCAGAAGGGGUGGCCACGACCCCUGCAGUGGUCUCUUCCCACAGACAGGAUAGUCAUGAGACUGUCAGAAAGGAGUAUGAAACCUCACCUUUACCACCGGAGACACCUGAUGUAUCUUUCCCAACACUAGAGUCCGCAGAGCAGGCCGACCCAGUAGCGUCUGAACACAGCAAGGAUGCCGAUCACACAUCCGUGAAGAAGAGGUACUCGUCAAACAUGGAAGAGGUCUCUAGUGAAAACGAAAAGGCAGAAAACGUGGAGUCUCUUCCUUUGCUGGAAUCAGCCCCAUCUCUGAAAUUAGACAGUUUCAAGUCAUAGCAUGAGAAAUAGACAAGACUUACCUUGAGGAAGAAGACCCUGGUUUUACAGGAAAAUGUUUUUGUCUAUAGCAAGAAUGUGCUUGUGAACAAGCAGGUCCACAAAUUGUUUGUGGCUCGAGAAACAUAACAUUUUGUGAAUUCUAUUCAGUGACCAAAGAAUAGAUUCAAAGACGUCAAGACAUGGAUGUUGGAACAGUUCUGUGGACAUUGAAUAAGUGUUUGCUGCCAGAGAGCUCUUGGAAAACUUCCGUAUCGAUACUGAACUCCCUUGAUGAAAGAGAACUGUCGCUUGUGUUAACUUCGGUUACAACUUGAAUACAAUAAACAUUUAUAUGUGAU